ACCCUGAGUGAGAGCCUCAAUCAUGAUCCAAACUCUUCUGGGGACUUUUCUCUCUCUCCAUCCUGACAUGUUCCAUUCGCCUCACCGCAAGAAACUGUUGAACCAACUUCCUUCAGUAGUUGUUCACCAACCGAGCGGCUCACGUUUAUCAAGGCUCUGCUGGGCCUACCAAAACCCAUCCGCGAAUAUUCAUCAAUAGAUUUGUCAUCGCGACCCUCUCAAAAUCAAUGAAAAUCAUUUUAUCAAUUUUUUUGCAAAACAUUUCCAAACUCAACCCCUCCCCUAGAUGAAAUUAUUUGGUAUCAUUUGUUUGCGCAAUAAAUGUCAGACGGAUUUUUUUUUUUGCGUGACAGUUAGUUGAAAAAUUGCUUGAGGCUGUGUUAAUGUGUCGCACAUAAUUUACUGAAUUUUGUCUUCAUCUCUGGGAUAAAAGAGAACCUUGAAAUUCUUCUUCUGUUUUGAGAGUGAAUAGUCUCAUUGAUAUAAAAUUCUCCAGAGUCCGGAUUCGCCGGGUACCUUCAAUUAUUCCCGUUAUUUAAUUCCCCACUGUGCACCCAAAUACGAUAAAACGUCAGAAGCAUCAGACAAUGAAUGAAAAUAGUCAUGACUUGUUGAUCUCAAAAUACCUCACCCGAAGAAUAUCCACCGAUAUGACCAACUGAAUAAAAAAAAUUCAGCAGAAAUGGAGUGCGACAUAAUCCCAAAAUAAAAAAAAAAUUAAUUCCGCUAUUUACGUUGUUAUAUAUUUAAAUAUUAAAUUAUAAAGAUUGUCCAGCCGAUGAAGAGAUGUCUCUCGUGAACUUCAGUCUCCCAUUUCAACUGGCAACACCGACCCCCUACAUGUACCCCCCUGAUGUGGGUCAGCAGACACCAACAAAUAAUUUAAAAUUCAAUGCAGUCCCAGGUGAUAAUUUCGGAAGGGAGAGACGUUACCAGAACGAACCCUACAUUCCUCCAGCUGCUUAUCACCAGCAGGAGCAUCCCCAUCGUGGGGUCAAGCAGCAGGAGCACCUGCAGUCGAGGCAGAGACAAUACUACAAGCAACAGGUACAGCAGCAGCAGCGGCAUCAGCUCAGGAGUCAGCAAAUUCCUCAGCAACAGUUCCAGGGGUCGCAGGAGAAAAGGUACAGCUAUGAGCAGGACUUCCGGAGAGGACAGGCUAGGGGUCAGGAGCAAGUGGUACCUCAGCAGCAGAGGACACCAUCAACAGGACAGGUGACUCAACAGGACUCGGCCAGAGUUGGUCAUGGAGCUGGUGCUGGAGAACAAGAACCCUAUCCUGAAAGACCUGAUGGGUACACACGUGUAAAUGGGGGCUCAUACGCCGGUCCAGGUGCUAAAACGUCAGUUCAUGCUGUAUUGGAUUACGACGAAGAUGAAGACGGAGAGACUGACGUGGAGGACUAUUACGACGAUGACAUCCCCAAUAACGCUCGUGUCACCCCCAUCCAGGGGCCAAUUUACAUAAAAAAUGGGUCAGUUCCUGUGGUUCCUCUGUACUCUUACCCUCAACUCAACAACGGAACAUUUCUGCAGAUACCAAUAUUAUGGACUGCGUUGUCGGUGGCACUUGGGGUGGAGUUAAGGGGUGAUCUUGUGAGAGGUACACCCUGUAUCAAGAAAUAUCAUCAGCUGUUCUGUCCAACUGCUGGAAAUACAUAUCCAAUAGAGAGAAUUGAACAAUUUAUCGAUGAGAAUAAGGCCCUCAUGAAACGAAUGUACGGUGAUUUCGAAAUGGACAAGGAGUAUGGGCCGGAAACGAGUUCUUCCCCGAGACGAAGAAAAAAAAGGGCAUUCGAGGAGCAUGACUUACCUGACGGAGGUCCCACCGUCGGGGUAGAACGUCAGACGGAUCCAGGAUUUAUCGAGGGUGGUGAUUCGUUUUUCAGUAAAGCUCGAAGACCCAGGCAGUCGUUCUCGAAUAAACCGAGUGAGACGGGAAGGGUUGACGCUUGCGAAUCGAAAGUGGAAAUAGUAACUCCUUAUUGGGCGAGCAAUAGUGCGGGGAAAAUUCGUGCUAUUGUUAAUACCCAACACUUUGAGCAAGCCAUUCAUCAGGAAGUUUGUUCGAAAACUCAUACGAAUCGGUGCAAUGGCGACUGCGGAUGUGAACAAAAAUACAAAUGGCAUAGAUUGCUGGCUUAUGAUCCUGACAAUGACUGCAAAGGAAUUUUCAUGGACUGGUUUUUAUUCCCUUCCUGUUGCGUGUGCCGUUGUGAUCCCCAAGGAAAAUUCCCCGGGACUUCAUCAACACCCAGCACACAACGAGGCUGAGGGAGAGGGACUUGAUCACUUUUCUACGACGAAAUUCCCACUUUUUCUGAGGGUUUCAGAAUGAAAAAUCGAAAUUACAGCGAACAAAAAUAUGCUUUCACCUAAAUACUAUUUUUCAGUUAAAAAUAUCGGUUUUAACGCAUGCAGAAAAAUAUUCGAUAAAAAUUACAAAGCUGUCAACAUAAUCCGAACGAUUUUGUUUUCGAAGGCGUAAAAUUUAUCACGAAAUUUUCCAUCCAUUUUGACGAACCAUAAUUUUUUUUUCUGAUGACUUUUACUGAAUUUCUCUCUGAGUAAACUAUAAAAUGUAAAAUCUAGGUUUAAAUCUCCCCAAUUUCCCAACUUUCUUAAAAAUUAUUUAUUGAAUCCUGAGAACUCUCGAAAAUUAAAUGGUAUAAUAAGUUCUUCGUCCCAAUCUGUGCAAUCACGCAACAUAAAAUUGAUAAUUGGACAUUCGUGUCCCACCGGAAUGACAGAAACACGAUUGAGGCUGAUGCAUUGCACAAUAAUAUUAAGUGCACGUUUGAUCAGUGUCUGUGUGAAUAUACAGUGAAAAUUGCAUAAUUAAAUGAACUAGUGCUUCGAUGUUAUAAUUUCAUCGGCCAAAAUGGCACAAAAAUAAUUCGUACCUGCGAAAGGGAGAGAAAAUCGCGAGGUAUACUGAACAUUUGUAAAAACGAUGUUUUUUCCCACGAGAAAAAAAAUCCUGACCACUCUUCAGAGAUUAUUACCAUAAUAUUCCAUUAUUUUUCAUGUAAUCAUUUUGUAUUUUUAAUAAACGUUGUAAUAAAAUGUUGCCUUAUCCAUUCUGACACCUCACGAAGGCGAGUAAUACCGG